AUGUACUCACUUGGUUUGGUAUGCAGCACUCGCAAUGAUCCCGAUAUCACUGAGAAAGGCACUUCGGAGCACAUCAAUCUGAACAAGAAUACUUCUGCCAAGAUCAAGAAUCCCCUCGCAGAUUUGAGCCCCGCUCAAGUGGUGCAAGAUGUCGAGGACUUUGCCAACGAACACCAGUUGAUUGACAUUCUUCCCUUGCUCCAGAAGGGAGCUCUUGUGGCCCGCGAUCCCCAGAAUUUCUCCGAGGUGCCCGACAUCACUCAAGCUGAAGCCGCCGCCAUUGAGGCCGAAGUGACUCACAAGUGGCGUCAGCCGAAGGCUCUUUACUUUACCAUCAUUCUCUGCUCCAUUGGAGCUGCUGUUCAAGGAUGGGAUCAGACUGGAAGUAAUGGCGCCAAUCUUUCUUUCCCCGUUGCGCUUGGAAUUCCAGAGACGGGCCCUGAUGCGGAGAAAAACCAGUGGCUUGUCGGCGUCAUCAAUGCGGCUCCGUACAUGUCCAGUGCUGUUAUCGGCUGUUGGCUGUCUGAUCCGCUCAACAAAUAUUUGGGUCGCCGUGGCGCUAUCUUCAUGUCUGCUAUCUUCUGCCUUCUGACUCCGAUUGGGUCGGCCGUGAGUCAGACCUGGCCUCAGCUGUUUGUGACUCGUCUGCUAUUGGGCCUGGGAAUGGGCUUGAAGGCAUCCACAAUUCCAAUGUUCUGUGCUGAGAACACCCCGGCAUCUAUCCGUGGGGGUCUGGUGAUGUGUUGGCAGUUGUGGACAGCGUUUGGCAUCUUCCUUGGGACCUCGGCGAACCUUGCUGUCAAAGACACUGGAGAUAUCUCCUGGAGACUCCAACUGGGUUCAGCCUUUAUUCCAGCUGUUCCUUUGCUCCUUGGUGUCUUUAUGUGUCCGGAGUCACCUCGUUGGUACAUCAAGAAGGGCAAGAUGCGCAACGCCUACCGGUCUUUGUGCCGCUUGCGCAACACCGAACUACAGGCUGCACGAGACCUCUACUACAUCUAUGCUCAGAUCAAGGUCGAGCAGGAUCUUGCUGGCGAUAGCAACUAUGCCACUCGGUUCGUGGAGCUCUUUACCGUCCCGCGGAUUCGACGGGCAACCCUAGCUUCCUUCGUUGUCAUGAUUGCGCAGCAGAUGUGUGGGAUCAAUAUCGUUGCUUUCUAUUCCUCAACUGUCUUUCAGCAGGCCGGUGCUAGUGUCACGGGAGCGCUAUUCGCCUCUUGGGGCUUUGGCCUUGUGAACUUCAUUUUCGCAUUCCCGGCGGUGUUUACUAUUGACACCUAUGGACGCCGAACUUUGCUUCUGUUCACGUUCCCCCAGAUGGCCUGGACUUUGCUGGCUGCAGGUUUCUGUUUUUACAUCCCCAAGGAGCAGACAGCCCACAUAGCGUGUAUUGCACUCUUUAUCUUCUUGUUUGCGGCCUUCUACUCCCCGGGUGAGGGACCGGUUCCAUUCACUUACUCUGCGGAGGUGUUCCCUCUGUCUCAUCGUGGUAACAUAGAGAUCGGAAUGGCUUGGGCUGUGGCAGUGUGUCUCGGCUGGGCUGCGGUGCUUUCGAUUACUUUCCCCCGUAUGCUUGCCGUCAUGACCCCAACCGGUGCCUUUGGCUUCUAUGCGGGCUUGAAUGUGACUGCUUUUGUCAUGAUCUACCUUUGGGUCCCUGAGACUAAGCAGCGGACUUUGGAAGAGCUUGACUACAUCUUCGGUGUUCCUACUCGGAUGCAUAUGCGUUACCAGGUCUUCCACGUGCUACCCUGGUGGAUUAAUCGCUACAUUUUCCGCCGUCAGGUUACGUUGGAGCCCCUGUACAAACUUGAUCACCUCGCUACCAGUGGCUAA